UUGUAAAUCCAGUAAUCAAAAUGUCUCACUAAAUGACGCGAUACGGAGCAAGUGCUGUAUGGCGGUCGGCGUUCGAGUGACUCGAAUUAAACAGUUUUAUUUAUAAAUUUCAGAUCAGGAUCAAACUAACUAAAGAUGAGCAACCCAAAAAACCCUUUAAUACCGAACGAGAAAAUUUUCUUUCAACCCGAACCGACGCACCGAGCAUCAAAGUCGAAUGAAUCUCAUCGUCCGCAGCGCCAUCGCACAUCAGGUAGUGGAAAUACUUCGUCGGAAUCCCGGUUGAGCCCGCAGAAAUUUUCGUGGUUUUUGAGACAUUCGGCUGCCGUCGCCGAGCACAUGGACCCGGAUGCUUUCGUGUGCUUUGACGUGCUGCAGCAGAUCAGUGGUGCUGAUAAAACCCGCAUGCUGCAAAUCAUUGCCGAGGACCAGAAGGGACGGUUCGACGUGCGCGGAGACGAAGUCCGUGCCGUCAAUGGACAUAGUGUACAUUUCUGUGACAACUAUGAGGUUUUAACAACAUCCGAUAGGCCGGAGUUUUUGUAUCAUGCUACAAACAAUCAGGCACUUGCCUUGAUCAUGGCGGGAGCACUGAAAAGAAUGGGUCGGCAUUACAUUCACAUGUACGAUAAGCCACCGCAGAAGACUUCGGUGCGAUACAGAAUUUUGAGGAUUAGGCCUCCGCAGGGGCAUACACUCUUUAAGACCAAAAAUGGAUACAUCCUAUGCAGAGAGGACAUACCGGCGGAGAACAUUGAGGUGUGGAAUUGAGCUUUGGAUUUCAAUUAUGCAACGGGUUCGGGUGGUGCUCAAAACAAUAAGAUAGUGUUUUUGUUAUUUUGAAUAUAUAUGUUGUUUGAAACCAUACAGCAUUGCUUUGAAGUUUGAAUUAAUUUAAGGUGAAAUUUGCC